AUCGCUGCUCCUUUGAUGUGCGCCGCCUGGCUGCAUGAAGUAGGCGGAGCUGCAGAGAGGAAGAGAAGCUGCAGAGGAAACCAGCGAGCAGCAGCCAGGAACACCCGCCGAACCGAACCGAACCGAACCAUCAGAACCGUUCAGCAGAUGGAGAGGAAGGACGGAAGCAGAGCGACCGGCGGCGCGUGGAGCCCGGAUCCAGCCGCCACUUCCGGUUCUGAUGCUGCGGACAGCUCUGCAGGUUCUCAUGUGGAGUGGUGUAAGCAGCUGAUCGCAGCCACCUUAUCCAGCCAGAUCUCCAGAACCGCCCAACCGGACCUUCUGAGCAGAGACACAAAGGUGUCCAAACGGCUGAGCUCCUGGAGCUCAGAUGAAGAUGAGAACCGUCCAACCUUAGGAUUUGGUCCACUGGUCAAACUGUCUCCAAACCAGGUUCCUCUUCUGCCAGGAGAAACCGUCCAGAUCACAGUGAAGGAUGUCAUGUACAUCUGUCCCUUCAGUGGUCUGAUCACCGGCACUCUGACCGUCACCGACUACAAGCUCUACUUUACCGGAUCUGUAAAGGACUCCUCCUUCAUUCUGGAUGUGAAUCUGGGAGCUAUCAGCCGCCUGGAGGCCAUCCCUGUUCCCAACCAGGAAGACGACACCAAGGGGAUUGAGCUGGUCUGUAAGGACAUGAGGAGCGCCCUGUUCACCUAUAAACCGGAGGAGAACCAGCCGGACAUGGUGGAGGUGUUGACCAAGCACGCCUUCCCUCUGUCCUACAGCCUGGCUUCAUUUGCCUUCAAGUAUAAGGAGCAGUUUCCUGUGGACGGCUGGAAGGUCUACGAGCCCAUAGCAGAGUACAACCGACAGGGGCUUCCAAACGAGAGCUGGAGCAUCAGCAGGAUGAACCUUCACUAUGAGCUGUGUGACACCUACCCCUCCAUCCUGGUGCUGCCCAAGAACCUGACGGAGGAGAGCAUCAGACAGGUGGCGGCGUUCAGAGCCAAGCGGCGCCUUCCGGUCCUGUCCUGGAUCCACCCAGAGUCUCAGGCAGCAAUCGUUCGCUGCAGCCAGCCGUUAGUAGGACCUGUGGACCGCCGCUGUAAGGAGGACGAACGCUUCCUCCAGAUCCUCAUCGAUGCUAACGCUCAGUCCCACAAGCUAACCAUCUUUGAUGCUCGGCAGAUCAGCGUGGCUCUUUCUAACAAGGCAAAAGAAGGAGGAUUUGAGAGUGAAAGUUUCUAUCCCAACAUGGAGCUCAUCUUCCUGGAGAUCCCUAACAUCCACGUGAUCCGGGAGUCUCUGCGGAAGGUCCGGCAUGUGAUCUAUCCCACCAUCGAUGAGGCCCGCUGGCUCUCUGCUGUGGACCAGACCCACUGGUUGGACCAUCUACGGCUGCUGUUAUCUGGAGCAGCAAAGAUAGCUGAUAAGGUGGAGUCUGGAAAAAGCUCGGUGGUGGUUCACUGCGGCGACGGCUGGGACCGGACCGCCCAGCUGACGGCGCUCUCCAUGCUGAUGCUGGACAGCUACUACCGCACUCUGAAGGGAUUCCAGGUUCUGCUGGAAAAGGAGUGGAUCAGCUUUGGACACAAAUUUGCAUCUCGUGUUGGACACGGCGAAGAGAGCCAUGCUGACUCGGAGCGGUCCCCUCUGUUCGUCCAGUUCAUGGACUGUGUUUGGCAGAUGACCCGGCAGUUUCCUGCUGCCUUUGAGUUUAAUGAGCUGUUCCUGAUCACCGUCCUGGAUCAUCUCUACAGCUGCCUCUUCGGCACCUUCCUCUGCAACAGUGAGCAGGAGCGGCAGGACAAGGAGGUUCAAACCAAGACGGUGUCCCUGUGGUCCUACAUCAACAGCCAGCCCAGUGAUUUCACCAACCCCUUCUUUGUGAACUAUGAGAACCACGUCCUGCAGCCACUGAUCUCCUCCAGACACCUGGAGCUGUGGACCAGCUACUACGCCCGCUGGAACCCUCGCAUGAGGCCACAGGUUCCAGUUCAUCAAACUCUGAAGGACCUUCUGUUCCGCAGAGCAGAGCUGCAGAGGAGGGUGACGGAGCUGGACACCCACAUGUCCUCCUUUUACCCAUCAGCCUCGGCCGACCCUCAGAGCCCCGUCCAUCUUUACUCUUAGUGAGGUUGGGUAACAAUCGACGCCUACUUCCUGCGUGGGAAGCAGAUUCCUGGAUCAAAGUGUUCGCAGCUUUUAUUCUUCCUGCAAUUUUUCCUCUUAUAAAUAACUCUGGCCAACUCUAGGGGGCAGUAUAGACCACAUGCUGCAAGUCGGCCGUCGGCCAUGUUUUCCUGCAUACUGACCCAUGACGCCCCCAUGUGGAGGGGUGGGGCUCUACAAGGAUGUAAUCUGACCCAUCAAGUAUAAAUCAGGCUUUCUUCAGGUUUCUGGUUGUUUGUUUUCGGCCUGAGAAAUAUUUAUAAUAUUAAAAACUAUUGAUGAUCUCA